AUGAAUAAAACAAGGAUAAUUGCCCAUAUCUAUCUAUCUAUCUAUCUAUCUAUCUAUCUAUCUAUCUAUCUAUACAUGUUCUUUAUCGUUAUGCUCUUUUCUCUUUCCUUCUUUCAUUUUCAUGGCUACAUUUGUCAAUAUUUUCCUCCUUUUCUUAAUUCUAUUUUAUUUUUUCCUUUACUUUUUCAUUCUCUUCAUCUUUUUUCGUUUACACUUCUUUCUUUUUCAGCCAUUAUUAUCUGUAUUUCUCUUUUCUUGUUAAUUUUUACUCACUGCCAAAAUGUUUUGUUUUUCGUCUUUUCGACAUUUUAUAACUCAUUUAAAUUUCUUUAUUUCUUUCUUAACAUCUUCUUAAAAUUUUCUUUCUUUCUUUCUUUCUUUCUUUCUUGUUUCUGCUUUUUUUUUUUAACUUUACCCAAUUUUUUCUUUGUUUCUUUUAUUUCUAUUUUCCCUUUCUGUCUUUCUUUCUUUCUUUCUUUCUUUCUUUUGCUUUUUUUUAGCUUUACCAUUUUUUUUGUUCUUUUAUCUCAAUUUUUCCUCUUUUUCUUUCUUUCUUUCUUUCUUUCUUUCUUUUGCUUUUUUUAG